UGUCAUUCCCUGAUUUCGUUGAGCGAAAUUUCCUAAAACCCUAAACAUUUCAAAUAACGCUAAAAAAGAUUGAAGUUUAUUUUGUCACAUAAAGCAAAUCAUAUAGUUGAUGUGACUUUGAACUUAAUUCUAAAUUUUUUUGUUUUAAUUUUACGGAAUUCUGUGCCAAAUGUACCGCAGUCGCAUUUAGCAGUUGGUCUGAUGAUAAAUGGCAUCCUGUUCUCUGCAAGCGUUUCUCGAGAGAUCGAGACGCAUAUAUUAUUCGCCAUCAUUGUUUUCUGCAAAGAGCCUGCAAGCAGUGUCUGUUCUGCGAAAUCGGAUGUCAUCUGUGUCAGGAAACAGCCACAAAAAAUCCAAUGAUACACCUGACGAUUGUCAAAAAGACAACACAGAUGAAAAAACGAAUGGACUUCUGAAGCACUCUGUUGUUGAUCUUGAAAAAUUAUCAGAAGCUGAGAAGGAGAUCUACUUUGCUCAUAAAACUGCUUGCGAGGAGGGAAAUGCAAUGUAUACAGAUCCUGUGACUGGUUAUGCUGUGUUCACUGAGGAUUACCAUCGACAGAGAGGCUCAUGCUGUGGGAAUGCUUGCCGACAUUGUCCAUACAACCAUGAGAAUGUGCCGUCAAGUAAAAAGGACAAGAAGUUCAACUCAGCAUUCUAUAUCUAACAUAACUCUGCCUGCCCUCACACUACUUACUGAAGCCUGCAAGGCCAUGCCCAGCGCGGAUCAAAUGGGUGACAAGCAGCAGGCGGUAUGCGCGGGCUGCGGGUCUCGAAUCCUCGAGAGGUUCUACCUGAUGGCCGUGGACCAGGAAUGGCAUGCAGACUGUCUCAAGUGCAGCGAUUGUGAACUGAGGCUUGACAAUGAGCUAACCUGUUUCUCGAAGGACGGGGUCAUACUAUGCCGUGAGGAUUACUAUAGACGGUUUUCAGUCAAGAAAUGUUCGUCCUGCAGUCAAGCUAUCUCAAGCAAAGAGCUCGUUAUGCGAGCCCGCGAUCAAGUCUACCAUGUCAACUGCUUCGCUUGCGAUCGCUGUAAGCGCAUGCUCGCUACAGGGGAAUACUUUGGAAUGCGUGGAAUCAGGAUCUAUUGUAAAGAGGACUACGAGGAGUUACUGCGUGAGGAAUCGCGAAAUCCAACCAAAAUAAACUCGUUAUCGAAAGGAAGACCUCGGAAACGGCGGAUUGCGACGGCAAUAGAAAGCAUCACUAAUCUAGGAUACGACCUCUCUGACCGACCCGGCGAACUUACGACUGGUGCCGACGGCCGUCCGAAACGCGUCCGAACUUCAUUCAAGCAUCACCAGCUUCGUGCGAUGAAGACUUACUUUGCCAUGAAUCACAACCCGGACGCAAAAGACUUGAAACAGCUCUCGCAAAAGACCGGUCUGACAAAAAGAGUUUUACAGGUUUGGUUUCAGAACGCGAGGGCAAAAUUUCGUAGAACUGUGUGCAAUACGUCGCAGACGCCGAUGUCCCCGUCAUGUGAUCAGCUCACCCCCUCUUCCGGUUCCGGUUUAACAGAUCUGUGCGAGAAUAAUUUAGUAUGAAAUGGAAAAAAUAUAUAUUUGAUUGGUGGAGGAUAGAAGAAACCCGCGUGUGUGUGAGCCGGGAGGUAGUUUUUAAUGUUUAGUGUAAAUAGCGUCUUCGAAAUACUGCUAUAGCAGGAAGUCGAUGGGAAGCCUGUGGUGACGUCACUGCUGUGAAAUAGAUUUUUGGCAAAAUGUAGUAAUACCUAUCAAGUCGAUUUUAUUUCAAGAAGUUGCGAAUGCAAACUUGCCAUAAUCUCUGUUUGUGUGUGUAUGAAAUACAAGAUAUUAUGAAUGAAUAAACGAAAGAAGAAAACAGA